AUGCAUCAUUUUAUGAAAAAUUACAGUUAUAUACUUGGUACAUUUAAUAUAACUGCUGAUGAUUUGGAUUACAUGAAUAAUUAUAGUGCCGUUAUAAUUAAUACAAACAAUGAUCCGAGUGUGUGUUUUUGUGGUGGAUAUGUGCGUGAAUUAGCAUUAUAUUAUCGUGUUUAUCAUGGAUAUGUUGCACUUAUUGUGUGUUUAUUUGGUGUUGUUGCAAAUAUACUUAAUAUUGUUGUAUUAACAAGAAAAGACAUGGCUAUUGCACCAAUAAAUCGUAUAUUAACAAAUUUAGCAACAGUUGAUAUGCUCGUUAUGAUUGAAUAUAUACCAUUUGCUCUGUAUGAAUAUUUUGUAUUACCGGAAAAACAAAAAUUUCCAUAUGGUUGGGCUGUAUUUGUACUAUUUCAUAUGCAUUUUGCACAAUUGUUGCAUACAAUAAGCAUUGCUCUGACACUUUUACUAGCAAUUUGGCGAUACAUUGCAAUCAGAUUUCCUCAAUACAGUCAUACUUGGUGUACUGCUUCACGAUGUAGAUGUUCCAUUUGGUGCUGUUUUUUUUUUCCAAUAAUAGCCUGUGCUCCAAGUUAUCUUGUAUUUGGUAUACAUGAAAAAUAUAUUUAUGAAAAUGGUAAAAAAGAUAUACUUUAUCAUGUUGAUGCUUGGAGUUAUUCAAGUAACUCAAGUGUGCUGUAUCAGCUAAAUUUCUGGACUCUUGGUGUUGUUGUUAAACUUUUACCUUGUUUAAUACUGACUGGCAUAAGUUGUUCUCUCAUUAAGGCACUUUAUAAAGCCAAAGGAAGAAAACAAGUGUUACGUGGUUACAAUCCUUGCUCUAUGACAAAUGAUGACAAAGUAUCAAGACGUCCAAGUAAAUCAGAAAGACGUGCUGAUCGUACAACACGUAUGCUUGUUGCAAUAUUAUUAUUAUUUUUAAUAACUGAAAUACCACAAGGUGUAUUGGGAUUAAUGUCGGGCAUCUAUGGUGAUUGUUUUUUUCGUAAUUGUUAUCAUAAUUUUGGUGAAUUUAUGGAUAUAUUGGCAUUAUUAAAUGGAGCUAUUAAUUUUAUACUGUAUUGUUCAAUGUCACGUCAAUUUAGAACAACAUUUAGUCAAUUAUUUAAACCAAGAAUUAUGAAUAAAUGGCAUGGAACAACACAACAAACAGAAAUACACAGUACAUAUGUAUGAUCCAAGUAUAAAAUUCAAAAUCAUUUUGAAACAACAACACAAUUAUAAAUUUUUCAUCAUUUUAUAAUACAUUUAAAUAUAAUAAUUAGGUGUAUAUGUGUUUUAUGUUUUAUAUUGAAAUAAUAGAGACAUUGAAAAAUAAUAAAAUAAUAAAUAUUGUCAGACAAUAAGAGAAUAUAGAAAAAUAUUAAAAAAAAAACAAAUUUGUACCAAGAAAUAAAUAUUAUAUUGUUGUAUAUAUAUGUAUAUCAAUAAUAAAUGUUAUUAUAUAGUUAAAAUUAAAAAACAGUCGUUUAUAAAAAUAACACAAGCUGCAGGUAAAGCAAAAAAAAUACUCUUUUGUUCGAUGCGUCGGAAGAAAAAAAAAAAAAAAA